CGGGUGGAGACUGGUGAGAAUCUCAAAGCUGACACAAUGAACAACAAUCGCACCAUAUCCUGUCACGUCCUAGACACAGCGCUGGGCAAAGCUGUGGCCAAUUUACCCCUAACUCUCUAUCGUCAAUUGAACGACGGCCAGUGGCAGGAAUUGUCUCAACAUUCUACCAACUCAGAUGGUCGUGUUGGCCAGUUAUUGGAUUUUAAAGAUUUUGAACAGGGCAUUUACAAAUUAAAAUUUCAUGUCCAAAACUAUUUCGACAGCUGUAAGGUGUCGAGUUUUUAUCCCUUCGUUGAGAUUGUGAUAAGAUGUGAACGAGGCCAACAUUAUCAUGUGCCAUUGCUGCUAUCACCGUUUGGAUAUACCACCUAUAGGGGAACAUAAGUGAAGAAAAACAAAAACACAAUAAAUUAAACAAACAAACAAAUAUUUAAAUAAAAAAAAACAACACCAACAACAAACACUGAAAUUUUCCAUGUAAA